CCGAGGAGGCGAUGGCGCGGGCUCCCAGCUCUCCACCCCCAAGUCCCUCCUUGGGGCUGGGGCGGGGUCCACCGCCGUUAGAGAGGCAGCAUGCCCAGCCCUCGCCCCUCCUCUGGGAGGAGUUCGGUCAGACUGGGACCGGGUCCCUGCCUUCUCCAUCAGGCGGACUUCCCUUGCAGCCCUCCAGUCCCGGAAGCCGAGGCUCAUUGGAUCCCUAGCUGGGCCCAGGACGGAGCCGAGAUUAUACCACCUUCUUCCCGCUCAGCGCUCGUGCGAGGGUGAGCUGAGGCCCCAUCUUCCUUACGGAGGUGUUGGCCUUGAUCCUGCACUGCAGAGGUGUCCGCCGCUGGACGGAGUGGAGAGCGCAGGUCCCCACAUCCAGCCAGCAACUGUAGAGCCCUCCUUUGAGAAGGGAAGACUGAACCCCAGUGUGAAAGAACGAGGCAAUGGCGGCUUCCUGUGUCCUCCUGCACACUGGGCAGAAGAUGCCCCUGAUUGGACUGGGCACCUGGAAGAGCAAUCCUGGCCAGGUAAAAGCAGCUGUUAAGUAUGCCCUGAGCGUAGGCUACCGCCACAUUGAUUGUGCUGCUAUCUACGGCAAUGAGACUGAGAUUGGGGAGGCCUUGAAGGAGACUGUGGGGCCUGGCAAGGCGAUGUCUCGGGAGGAGCUGUUUGUGACUUCCAAGCUGUGGAACACUAAGCACCACCCCAAGGAUGUGGAGUCUGCCCUCCGGAAGACACUGGCUGACCUCCAGCUGGAGUAUUUGGACCUGUACCUGAUACACUGGCCUUAUGCCUUUGAGCGGGGAGACGACCCUUUUCCUAAGAAUGCUGAUGGGACUAUCCGCUAUGACUUCAUUGACUACAAGGAGACCUGGAAGGCUCUGGAGGCACUGGUGGCUAAGGGGCUGGUGCGGGCGCUGGGCCUGUCCAACUUCAGCAGUCGGCAGAUUGAUGAUCUUCUCAGUGUGGCCUCUGUGCGCCCAGCUGUCCUGCAGGUGGAAUGCCACCCAUAUCUGGCUCAGCACGAGCUGGUUGCUCACUGCCAAGCACGCGGCCUGGAGGUGACUGCUUACAGCCCUCUGGGCUCCUCUGAUCGAGCUUGGCGUGAUCCUAAUGAGCCUGUCCUGCUUGAGGAGCCAGUGGUCCUGGCACUGGCUGAAAAGUAUGGCCGGUCUCCAGCACAGAUCUUGCUCAGGUGGCAGGUCCAACGAAAAGUGAUCUCCAUCCCUAAGAGUAUCACGCCUUCCCGUAUCCUUGAGAACAUCCAGGUUUUUGACUUCACCUUUAGUCCAGAAGAGAUGAAGCAGCUAGAUUCCCUGAAUAAAAAUUGGCGAUACAUCGUGCCCAUGCUUACAGUGGAUGGGAAGAGGGUCCCAAGAGAUGCAGGACACCCUCUGUACCCCUUUAAUGACCCGUACUGAAACCACAGCUUCCUUUCCAUCUCCAGCUGUGAGGUACUGCCACCCCCAGAAAGAUUUAAUAAAGCCAUUGAAACAUCUA